UCUCCAGUCACGUGACGGCGGUGUCAGCUGCCGGAUGGGACCUCUCUGCUACCAAAAUGGCAACGGUACGGACUCUCCAUCCCCUCCCAACAUCCUCCUCCCUGAGCAAUGACCGGAGCACCUACCUGGGAGCCCGGAUCCCGCACGAGGUGGAGGUCAUGGCAAAAUGUCUGAAGGACCUGGAUAAAGAUGUGUUUAGAAAAAUCCUGAAAGCUGUUGUAAAUGCUCUGGAGGGAAAGGACAGCAGAGAUUCUUUAAAGGUCAUUUUAGAAAAUACCUCCUUAACUGAAGAACAAUUGACUUUUAUCAUUUCCGGAUCGUACACUCUAAUAAAGGUGGCACUCAGAUUUCCAGUAUCAACACUUAAGCAGGAGGUUUUCAAAGAAGAUUUGAAAGAACUCAGGAUCCCAGAGGAUUUUAUAGGGGAUUUUGCCAACAUAGUCUAUGGAAACAGGCGUCCAGUGCUUGAAAGUGUGGCUUUGGAGCAGGGAAUUAGGUUGCCAACGAUUAACGAUUUCAGGUGGAGAGUUGAUGUUGCUAUAUCUACCAGCUGUUUGUCCCGGGCCUUGCAACCUUCAGUUCUAAUGCAAAUGAAACUGUCCGAUGGGACAUCUCAUCGGUUUGAAGUUUCAGUUUCCAAGUUCCAAGAACUAAGGUAUAAUGUUGCCCUGAUACUGAAAGAAAUGAAUGAUCUGGAAAAACUGAGCAUUCUCAAGAUUCAGGACUGAGCCUUGUGCAAAUUCUUCUGAAGAUAUACAGUGAAAUCUGAGAAAAGAGAGCGUAAAGAUUUCCUCGUAUGAGCAUGUUACUUACACAGUGAUCCAAGUAGAAGGUUGAAUACUAUGAGAGGACCAUAACUGGAAACGUGUGUCAUCGAGACUCUGGUUUGCAGCACCAUCCUUGAACACCACUUCCUCUUUAAACUAGAAAGCCUUGCAACAAGGUGAUUUAAUUAUCCACACAUUGUAAUGACCGAAUAUAACUGGUCUAGAGAGAUUCAGUUAUAAGCACAACUAGUUAUUUUCACUUGGCUUCGGUAAUCCAUUUUUCUGUGCAUAUAUCAGUUCCAAAUGUGUCUAUAAGCAGUCUGCCCAUGUUCUGAACUGGGAGAGAACAUCCCUCUUCCUUGCUUAAAAAAAAAUAUUUAGUAAAAUGAUUUUAUAGACCCUAGAACUCAUUUUCCCUGCCACUACUGACAUCCGCGCAAGCCUUUUGCUGUUCAGCUUAGACACGCUGUUUUAUUCACUAAAUAGUGUAUUGUAGUUGUAGGACAAAAUCGUUGCCCUGGAAACAUUCCCCAACCUAUUUUUGCCAGAAUGUUGCAGUUCAGUUUUUUUUUGACACGGCACCUCACUGUUUAUUGGAUAAUACUGAAGCUUCAGUUCAUCUCGUAUCAAGACUACCUAUGGAAAUGUAAACAUGCAAAAUCAAAUGACGCCUUUUGCAGUACUUAAUUCAAAUGGGGAAAAAAAAAAGUAAGAACCCCUCCAGCGAAUGAAAGGGUAUGGGAUGGCACAUCCUCCCUGCACUGUCCUAUUUACUUUGGACAUGGUGUGGAAAUUGUCACAGAUAUGUUUGAUUUGUCAGACUGGUCUUUUAGGCUUGAAAACUCUGGUUAUGACUGUUUUCACCUUAUUUCCAAGUUCUAUAACGUUUGUACAUAUUUUUGUUGCAUUAGAAUU